ACCUGGGUGCAACUUUUAUGUGAUCCAGGAGAGCUGCAAUCCCUGGCAAAUGGAUCAUCUUUGGUCAAACAUCUACACAUAUCUGUAUUGAAUGAACGACAGAAACUUCAUGAAAAAAAGGCUUUCAAUUUGGUUAAGCAGGUUGAACUUCAGGCAAAGGAAAUUCUUAAUUGGUCAGUUACUGUACAAGUUGGAUCAACUACUCUGCCUCAUCAGCCGUAUUGGACAUUACUGCCUUUAUUGGAAGAGUAUGAGAGAUCUGAUGCUGACUGGUUUUUAUUCAUCAAUGAAUUUGUGUCGCUUAACAUCAGCAACUUGGUUUCCAUGUUAGAAGUAAGCAAGAAAUCAUCUUUUGUUGGUCGUAGCCUGCGAGAUGAUGAGAGCAGUGUGAUUCAUCACUACGCAGCUCCUAGUGCUUUACCAAAUUAUCCUGAUGUCAGAGCUGGGUUUCUUCUGAAUGGUGAUGCAAUAAGACGAGCUGCAAAGAAAUACGACCCAGUUGCCAUUGCUGCAGCAAACCAGUUUGUCAUUGACACAGGCUACGAGUUUGCCAGAUGGCUGGUGGAGAACUGCGACGUAGUCUUGGAGCACAGCGAGAAGUUUUGUGUUGAGGGAAGAAUUGCAGAUCCAACUCUCAAUAAAGACUGUGCUGUUGUUGCUCACGAGCCUCGCGUCUGCAGUGUGUCUGAACGUGCUCAUUCAAACUCUGACGUUCACGUGGCGGUGAAGACGUACAGUGGUAACCACAAGACUCGUCUGCCUGUGUUACGUCGCACCUGGCUCACCAACGCUCCGUCGUUCAGGCUCUACAGCGACAUCACUGACGACACUUACGGGACGAUAUCGACCGGCGUGGCUAACACAGAGCGCGGCCACUGCGCCAAGACGCUCGUUAUUCUGCGUCUCUCCCUGCAGCGCCCGCAGCCCUGGCAGUGGUUGCUUCUAGUUGAUGAUGAUACCCUCGUCAGUAUGCCGCGACUACUGAAGACGUUGUCAUGCUAUUCACCCGAGGAGGCUGUGGUGCUGGGGGAGAUGUAUGGCUAUCGAGCAGGACCUCAUCUUCUCGUUCCUUAUCCCACUGGUGGCAGUGGCAUCGUCUUCUCCAGACCUAUGGUGGAGUUACUUAUGGAGUCCUCGUGGUGCUCGUGUCGUGUACCAGACGAGCCUGACGACAUGCUGCUCGGCAUGUGCCUCCAUAGACUGGGCCAUAGCUUGGUGCACCUCAGGGACUUGCAUCAGGCCACUCCUUCGAGUUAUGCUGCAGGCCGCUUGAACGGAUCCAACCCUAUCAGUUUCCAUGGGUUCUGGAUGAUCGAUCCCGUGAAGGUUUACAAGAAGUGGUUAGUGGGGAAUUACGAGGAGAAACCCCAUCGAAAUCGUAUAGUAGAAAAAGUCAACCAAGCCACAAAAUCGAUGAACAAAGACGAAUUAUAAUUAUUUUGAGAUAACCGUCAAGUCCAAAUGCUAUGCAUAGGUAAUGUAGACAAUUGACUGCAAAAUAGCAAAUCAGGAACAUUGAAGUGCAAUUGAGAUGUAUUCAUUAUGUAGCGCAUAAUAUUAGAUAAAAGUAUUAUAGUUGGGCCCUUGUUUUUAUACCAAGUUAGCUGGUGAUUGGAGGGUGCGAUUUGCUUACUUGACUCGAAAGUCUGUGAAAGAAUUGAUUGUGUAAAAAAAGAAUUGAGUAUUCUGCAUGCUGUGGGUGUGGCUCAUCGUCUAAGAAUUCAUUUGUGUGUUGUUUCAAGAUAUGUUGAGGUGCAUGUUUACCUCAAUAGAUUAAUAGAUAUGCAUUGGAUGGUGGAAAAAGCUUUGGCUGUGACAUUUCAUUCCUCACUGUUCUUACAAUUGAUUGCUAAAUGAAUUUUUAAUGUUAGCUGCCAUAAAUAUAAUCAAUUAGGUUAUGAGAGUUAGUUAAGCAAUAUGGGCGGGCUAUUAUAUGGUAAUUUCUGUUUGUGAUGAUAUUGAAAGGAGAUUAGUGUGAAUCUCAUAAUUUUAUUUAGCGUGUCGAUGUAUUUAUUUCAGUAAUAAUUUGUAUAAAUACAUCAUCAACGUGUUGCAGAUAGUUUCCUAUGCUGAUAAUAAUUGAGGAGUAAUUAAUUAUUAAACUUGUCUGAAGUUUUUUCAUCAAAAUAUCUCCUCGAGAUGCACUUCUUGCUCGUGUAUUUGGUCAGCACGAGUCUUAAAUGUCGCGCGUUCCUCUAGUCUAGGCAUUUUUUUCUGAGCUUUCUCUUGUGCGCGCUGCCGACGUAUCUCCAUCUCACGAGGGACUUCUGACGCGUGUCUGUGCUCGUCAGAAGUCCUGUUGGAUUUCGCGUCCCCAGGGGCAUUGUUCCUGAGCGCCCCACCACAGAGCUCGCGGUAUCUGACUGCAGGUCUAAGUUGUUAUGAAGGCAAGAUUUCUUUCCUUUUUCUUCUCUGUCUCUCUCGUGCGAGUGGCCAAGGUCUCUUGUAAGCGACCUCUUGUACGAGUGUGCUCGUUUCCGUUAGCUCAUAAGAGAUGUCAAUAGUGCCUUGCUUUGCUAAGUUGUAGUCCUAAAUUGCUAACUCGCAAGCAGAUUAGUGCUUCGUGAUCAAUUUAAAAAUAUUCACGAAAUAAAUAUAUGUCGGAAAAAUUAUGUUUAUAGUUUAAGCUCCCAUUUUCCGCGUCCGAAUAAUAAUAAUGAAUAUAACAUGUUAACUAUGUCUGCUAAGAUACAAAUGUUGCCUCGAUAAGCCAUUGUUUGCAAGAAUACGGUACCAGUUUAUAUUCCUAGUGUGGAAUUUUUCCACGGAACUCAUGUUCGCAACCAAUCUAUUUCAGGUAGGUAGUCUUUUUUUCGUAGUCUUCAAUGUCUAAUUUUUUGCCUUAGGGAAUGAAAUAUUUUAUUUGAACCAAAUGUGCUUCGAGCACAGGCCUGGAGUUGUGUAAUUAAUUUCA